AUGUCUAUGAAGAUAACAGAUAAAAUUAACGCGCUCGAUAAGGAUGAGCCCUUCUUCUCGUUUGAGUUCUUCCCACCUAAGACGGAACAUGGUAUGCGAAACUUGUACGCACGUCUAGGAAGAAUGUCUUUGAUGGGACCACUUUUCGUGACAGUGACAUGGGGUGCAGGUGGUACUACGGCUGAGAAGAGUGUGGACCUGGCAAUCACGUGUCAGAAAGAGCUUGGGUUGACGACAUGUUUGCACUUGACCUGCACGAACACAACGAAGAAGAUCAUAGAUAAGGCUUUGGCAUCUGCCAAGGCAGCCGGAAUCCGGAACAUUUUGGCCUUACGUGGGGAUCCGUCGAGGACCAGCGAGGUGAACAAGCUCAGCAAGGAAGAGGCACCAUUCCAGUAUGCGGUGGACCUUGUGAAGUACAUCCGUGAGCAGUAUGGGGACUAUUUCUGCAUUGGAGUUGCCGGAUACCCAGAGGGACACGCAGAUGGGUUCUACGAUGAGUCACAGGACCCACACAAGGACAUGCCAUUCCUCGUGGAGAAGAUCAACGCUGGUGCAGACUUUGUUCUGACGCAGCUUUUCUUCGACGACCGCUCAUUCAUCAAUUUCGAUGCUCUUCUUCGGUCGCAGGCGGAUCUCAAGAAUAAGGAGAUUCCGGUGAUCCCAGGCCUCAUGCCAAUUAACAGUUACGAUGUGUUCAAGAGGGCCACGAAGCUUGCACAUGCGACGAUUCCAGAUUCGGUGCUCGGCCGGUUCUCGGAGGAGAUUCAGUGCGAUGAUGACCGCGUGAAAGAAAUCGGUGUGGAUAUUAUGACAGAGAUGAUCGAGGACAUUCACCAGAAGACAUCCGUGCACACGCGCGGAUUCCACUUCUACACGCUCAACUUGGAGAAGUCGAUCGCCCAGAUCGUCAACCGGUCCAGCUUGUUGAGCCAGGUGGUCGACAAGAAGGAGCGUGAGUUGGAAGAGUGUGUGAGCGACUCUUCGGAUGAUGAGAUUGAUGACAACGUGACCACUGCCAAGAGAGCAGCGUAUAUGAACCGGUUCAAACAGCCAACGAACCAGAUCAUCGUGGAAGACGGCAAGCACAAAGAUUCUGCGGCCAAAACGUUGGCCAGCCGCCAAAUCAAGCGGAGAUCGUCGUCACAAUUCCAAAAGAUCAUGUCGAUCUCCUCGGGACACGGUGCCUUGGGCAAGGAUGCCACCUGGGAUGACCAUCCGAACGGCCGUUUCGGAGAUACCAGGUCGCCGGCCUUUGGUUCGUCAGGGUACGGACCUUACGGCCCAUCCUUGCACGUGACACCAGAAAAGGCGUUUGAGCUCUGGGGCCAGCCGGAGACCAUGGACGAUGUGUCGAGCGUGUUCGUGAACUACCUAAGUAGGAAGGUGGACGCGAUCCCCUGGAACGAGAUGAGCAUCAACCCGGAAACUGCACUCAUCCAGGAGCCUUUGAUUAUCCUAAACCAGCACCAUCGCUUCACCAUGUCCUCUCAGCCCGCAUGUAAUUGUGCACAGUCCGCGGACAAGAUUUUCGGAUGGGGUCCUGCACACGGCUACGUGUACCAGAAGGCCUACGUGGAGAUGUUUGUGAGCAAAGAAGACUGGAAGAAGAACAUUCUUCCGAAGUUGAAGGGCAACCCUGACGUCUCGUACUACGUGGGAGACAGCAAGAGCUACUUCGACUCGAGUCUCAAGGCCAAGGACACAAACUGUGUGACCUGGGGUGUGUUCCCGGAUAGGCAGAUCGUCCAGACGACUGUCGUUAACGAGGAUUCCUUCAAGGCAUGGAAAGAUGAGGGCUUCCAGAUCUGGCGUGAGUGGAUGAUGCUCUAUCCUGGCAACUCGCCCUCCGCCAACGUUCUCAAGGAGGUGCUAGAUGGCUACUAUUUGACCGCCAUAGUCCACCAUGAUUAUCCUGAUGAGGAUGCCCUAUGGGACCUCUUGGUCGGCGACACCGAGUAA